AUGGAUUUGGUUUCUGAAUCAGCAAACAACAGUACUAGCAGCUACGAUAAUGAGAUCCUUGCAAUUGUAUCAUCCUCAACCACCACCGAUCCCACCACAGCCUCAUCUUCAUCUUCAUCUUCAUCUUUAGCGAACAACAACACACCAAGCCGUUAUGAGAACCAAAAGAGGCGAGAUUGGAACACUUUCUGCCAGUAUCUGAGGAACCAUAUACCACCACUUUCUAUGGCCUUAUGCAGUGGUGCUCAUGUGCUUGAAUUUCUUCACUACCUUGACCAAUUCGGAAAGACCAAAGUUCAUAACCCUUUAUGCCCUUUCUUUGGGUUACCAAACCCACCUGGUCCUUGCCCCUGUCCUCUUCGUCAGGCAUGGGGUAGCCUCGAUGCUCUCAUUGGUCGUCUCCGUGCUGCAUAUGAAGAGAACGGUGGCAGACCAGAGUCAAAUCCAUUCGGUGCUCGAGCAGUGAGGAUUUACUUGCGUGAUGUUCGUGAUUUUCAGGCAAAGGCUAGAGGAGUUAGCUAUGAGAAGAAGAGGAAGAGGCCAAAGCCAAAGCCCAAGAUGAAUGAUUCUUCUACUACUUCCCCUAAUGAUAGGAACUAA